AUGUCUGCGACACCCACACCCACACCGACCACGGCCAUGUCGGUCGCAGCAACGGCGGCGUCGGCCACCGCCACCAGCCUCAACUCGUCGGCCUCGGCAUCGAGCGCAUCCGCCGCCAUGUCCAGCCUCUCGGCGGUCCUCUCGUCUGCCUCUGCCGCGCUCGCCUCCGAGAGCUCCGUUGCCAGCGGUGCCGCCAGCAACCCGCCCGUCUUCAAGUUUGUCGGUCUCGCCCUCGCAGUCUUGAGCGGCAUCUUCAUCGGCACCUCGUUCGUGUUCAAGAAGAAGGGCCUGCUCAACGCCCAGAAAAAGUACGAGACCCAGGCGGGCGAGGGACACGCCUACCUCAAGUCGCCCAUGUGGUGGACCGGCAUGAUCAUCAUGGUGCUCGGAGAGGUCUUCAACUUUGUCGCCUACGCCUUCGCCGAUGCCGUCCUCGUCACGCCGCUCGGCGCGCUGUCGGUCGUCAUCUGCGCCAUCCUGUCGUCCAUCUUUCUCAAGGAGAAGCUCACCCUCUUUGGCAAGGUCGGCUGCUUCCUCUGCAUCGUCGGCAGCGUCAUCAUCGCCCUCAAUGCGCCCUCGCACGCCGUCUCAGGCAACAUUGUCGAGUACCAGAAGCUCUUCCUGGCGCCCGGCUUCCUCGUCUGGGCCAGCCUCUGCGCCGCCACCGCCCUCGUCCUCGUCUUUGUCGUCGCGCCGCGGUACGGCAAGAAGAACAUGAUGGUCUACAUCACCGUGUGCAGCCUCAUCGGCGGCCUCAGCGUCAGCGUCACGUCCGGCCUCGGCGCCGCCAUCCUCCUCUCGAUCCGCGGCCAGAACCAGUUCAAGCACUGGUUCAUGUACUUCCUGCUCGCCUUUGUCGUCGUCACGCUCCUCGUCGAGAUCAACUACCUCAACAAAGCCCUCGAGCUCUUCAACACGGCCACCGUCACGCCCACCUACUACGUCAUCUUCACCGCCGCCACGCUCGUCACGUCCAUCAUCCUCCAGCAGGGGCUCCAGGCGUCGGCGGUCGACAUUGUCACGCUCGUCAUGGGCUUCCUCGUCAUCUGUGCCGGCAUCGUGCUGCUGCAGCUGAGCAAGAUUGACCCGCAGGAGCUGCAGGACAAGCCCGGCCUCGACCGCGGCACCACGCUGCUGCUCCGCGCCAGCCGCUCGGUCAUCUCGCAUUCGGACGAAAAGGGCGAGACGACCGCCCUCGAGGAUCCGGGCGUCGACACCAUCCGCGGCGGUCUGGGCGUCGUCGGCUCCAUGAUGCGCGCGCGCAGCUCCCGCCGCCUCAGCGGCGCCAGCUCCUUCCGCCACCACAGCGCCGCCGACGAGUACACGCUGCGGUCGCGCAACGGCGUGCCCCUCACCACGCACGGUUCCGCCAACAUCGAGCGGUACCAGCUGCACGACAAUCCGAUGAUGUCGCCGGGCGGCCUGUCGCGCGACGAGUCGCUCAGAUCGGUGCCGCCGUUCGGCCUGCCCUCGCAGCACCGCGAAACGACAAUCUCGUUUGCCUCGGGCAGCGAGGAGCCGCACGGGCAUCACGCCGUCGCGGCCGCCUCGUCGUCGCCCCUCGCCACGCCCCGCGCCAAGGACUUUGCGGCGCUCCCAGGCGGUCCGCUGCCAUCGAGCUCGUCGCGGCCACAGUCGAUGCUGCGGGACAACUCGGUGCAGGGCCUAUCGUCGAUCCGCGAGGCGUCGGGCGGCAGCGGGCUAGAGGAGUCGACGGCGGCAGCGCCGAUGCAGACGACGUACUACAUCGAUCCGUACGCGCCCGCGCCCGCCCAGGGCCAGGGGCUGCCGCGGUCCACCGAGCGCACCAACAUCAAGACGAUGUGGGAGCCGUCGAACCUGUCGCACUCGUCGUCGAUGUCGUCGCCGUCUGCGUCGCCGCAGAGCGAGGACUACAGCUACGACUUCAAGGAGCGCAAUGACGGCGACGACGACGAGACCGACGACGACGAAAAGAGGCGCGUCGGGUCGAGCGCCACGUCGUCGACGGCAGCGACGGCGACGAGGGAGCGGAACCAGCGCAGCUACCCGAAGCGGGGAGGGCGCAAGGGCGACGUCGGCAGCGAUACCGGCGAGGAGGAGGAGGAGCUGCUCAGCCCGAGGAUCGCGUAUCGAUGA